AUGUUCGAGAUCCGCGUUACUCUGCGCUCGGUACCUGGCGUUCUAGCAGUACCUCAUCGCAGCUGUCCGUAUACUGUCAACCCACCAUCGCUUGUCGUGGCAACUGUGGACUUUACAAUAACUGAUACCACCGCAACUACUGCCACGACCACAGCUACUACUACCGAGACGACAACGCUGCUGCCACCUCCUCCACCAGUCAGCACGCUCACUGUCAUUUACCCCUCGCCAGAUGCUGCUCCAGUGGAGGUCACAUCCAUCAGCCAGGUCGUCACGUCUUACAUUCCAGAAGCGACCUUCUGCCUCGGUCCUGCGCUCUACUUUUCUUCGAUUGCUGGUGGACCCUUCUUCAAUGGAUCUGCGAACGUUAUUCAGUAUGUAUCAGGAUCAAGCAGCUGCAGCGUGGAAUACUCCACAACUACUAAGAUCAUCUGCGCAACUACGCUUACUGGGCUGGCGUCGAAGGUCACGGUAUCAGAUUGCGAUCAAGAAAUUACAUUCUCGAGCGAGUGCGGUUACAGCCUGGAGUAUCCUACACCAACUGCCGCCACGACUAGCUUCUCUGCGAUUAUUACACCAGCUCCAACCAUACGAAGGCUGACGACGUACUGGCUUGCUCCUUGGCAGUCACUGACAGCCGGCGAGGCACCCUCCGAUGUGGACGUGAAAGUCUGCAAAGCGCUUGACAACGGCGACAUGCAAUGCCAGCGCUAUCAAGAAGUAUGGGAAGUAGUGGUUGUUGCGUCCACGGUUACGACGUCGUACCCUGUCACCUUUUCGAGAAUCGUCUCAGGACCAGGAGCCCUGAUCUUCGGUUCGAGCACGUCGUUCAUCAACAGCACGACCGAGUUCAUCAGCCUUUCAAAGACUCUACUUCUCGAAACAGAAGUAACGAUCGAGAGCAUCAGCACCAGCACGCGUCCCAGCUCGACGGUCCAGACCACGGAGCAGUACACAUCAAUCCUGACGAUAACUAGACACCUGAAAUAUGUGCCUAAAAGUCGUCCCAGCUCGGAGACGUCAAGCAGCAGCAGCAGUACCCCUGAGUCUACUACGACUGUUCUGGUGACCUCGAUCAUCACAGAGCGACGCACCAGCACUGUCACUAGGACGAGAUCGCGUUCUCGUUCUGGUGCUUUGACUGCCAGUGCUUAAAUAUACCCACUGAAAGAAUUGGAGACCCUAAGGUUUUAAGGAUGUUUGCUUUGAAGUACUGAACUGACAGAUUUGCGGGCGAAGCUAUCGG